AUGUGGCCCUUAACAUCUCUAUCGUCCCGUAUGAGUGGACGUAGUGCCAUCACACUAUUCGAAGUCCGUCUUGACAAUGACUUCAUUGUAUUCCGCGGCAGUGGGCACGAAUCCGCCGGCCAGCUCUUGAAGGGCCAGGUCGUCCUCUGUCUCUCGGCUCCCUUCAAACUAGACGAGCUACACCUGCGUCUUACAGGGACGUUAAGAUUAUCAUGGACGCAAGCGAAGAUGACGGCGAGCGGUGUCUCCCAACAGAAAAUCGAUAGGACGGAACACAUACUUCAAAACCGCUGGCAACCUUUCGUCGGAGGGGAGGGGAAGAGCGUGGUUUUGCAGCCGGGCAACUACGAGUUUCCAUUCGAAUACAUGCUCCCCGGUGACACAGCCGAAACCCUCGAGGGAAUCCCCGAAGCGUCUAUUUCCUACAGGUUAAAAGCGAGGAUAAUACGACACAGACUUGCGAGCGACGUCCACACUUACAAGCACCUCCGAGUUAUCCGAACCCUCGAACCUUCUGCCCUCGAAUUCCUCCACGCUAUGAGUGGAGUGCGUGGCCCAAGGCCCCUCGCUUGGAAAGCCCAAGGAGUUCAAGAGCGAGAGGAAGUCAGCCUCUGGAAAUUCGAUGUCGACAGGCAACAUUGGCAGGACACUAUUGGCGAGACAGGCCAGGAGGGCUGGGUCUUGGAAAAGAAACUUGAUCUCCCCAAGAGGCUCCGCCAGUGUGUCCAAGAUGUCAACCAACACGGCAUCAAAGUCCGCCACAAGAUCAGACUCGUUGUGGCGCUCAAGAAUCCCGACGGCCACGUCUCCGAACUCCGGGCUACCCUCCCCGUUUCCAUCUUUAUCUCUCCCAACAUUCCCCUCGACGAGGAGGGUAACCUAGUCAUGCAAUCACCCGACGAUACGGUGCCUCCCCUCGCCGACCCCGAUACCAUUGCGCCCCCGGCUACGACUCCCGAAAACCACUCUGGGGCCAAUAGCCCUUACUAUCAGCCUUCCGCUGCGGUGUCCUCGGAAAACCUGGCGCCUGAGGCGCAUACAAGGCCUGACCACACCAUCGCCGAGGCGCUCGCUACUCGGCUUCAGUCCGUUUCUGGUGCGGAUUCGCGACGCAACUCUACGCUCUCCACCAUUAGCGAGCCGCGCGAAGAAAUAUCUCGACUUCCAAGUGCCGACCACAACACCUUGUCUGGCCGCACGUCGCCUGAACAUCGCGACGAGACAAUUUUGGAAGAGCUGAACAAGGUCCCAAGCUACGCUACAGCUGUGCGGACUCCUGCAAGGCCCCGGUCCUACAUCGGUGGACCUUCGGCGCUACCCAUGUCUGAGUCGCUGAGCAGCCAGGUCGGCCAGCGACCCCAGACUAGUGCCGGUGACAACCUCCAGCAGAGGCCUCGCACCGCGCGCCCACGGCCCCUUUCUGGCUUGUCAGAGAGCCUCUUGGACCGACUUUCGAACCACUCAUACGGUUAUUACGGAUACGGCCUUGACCCCCGACCUUACCAGGGAGCGCGGCCCACCAUGCAGUGCAUGUGA